AUGCCAUCUCAUGCCACCCUUUUUGUGUCGUUAAAUCCAAAAGAGCGGUGAUCUUGUUUGCCAAGCGGUGAUCUAUGCCUCUCACCACUUUGCUCCUACUAAUUCUUUAUCUUUUAUUUGAAGUCGAUCUGAUCCCAACUUCAAAUCUCAGUAAACCCAGUAGGGAAGGGAAACCAGGAAACAUAACUGCUUGUUUUCCAUGAUAGUUACUUCGGAGCCUUGAAAUUGUGUUGAAAUCUUCUCCGGUUACUCGUAUAUAUAGUCCUUGGACACGUACUCUUCCACAAGUAGGAAAGUAGGUUUCAUCGGAAAUGAGCACACAAAGAACCUCUGCAUCUUUCCCCCCUUCAUCUCAACAGUGGAAAUAUGAUGUUUUUCUGAGCUUUAGAGGAGACGACACUCGGAAGACUUUUACAGACCACUUAUUCACUGCAUUGGAACGUCAAGGAAUCAUAACUUUCAGGGAUGAUCCAGAACUUCAAAAAGGGGAAGCUAUUUCUCCAGCACUUUUUGCUGCAAUCGAAGAAUCGAGAUUUGCUCUCAUUGUUAUGUCACAAAAUUAUGCAUCGUCAACAUGGUGCUUGGAUGAACUUGUGAGAAUUCUUGAAUGCAUGAAAGCAAGAGGAACUGUGCUGCCAAUUUUCUAUGAUGUUGAUCCGUCUGAUGUACGAAAGCAAACAGGGAGUUUUAAAAGAGCCUUUGCAAGCCAUGAAGAAAGGUUUAAGGAUGACAAAGAGAAAGUGCAGAGGUGGAGAUCUGCAUUAACUGAAGUGGCAAGUUUCUCUGGGUGGAAUUCAAAGGAAUGGUAUGAAUCAAAGCUCAUUAGAGAUAUUGUUGAAGUUAUAUGUAAAGGAUUGCAACCUACAUCAUACAGUUAUGCAGAAAAUCUAGUUGGAAUUUACUCAAGAUUGCAUCGAGUUAAUUUGCUUUUAAGUGUAGGGGUGAAUGACGUCCGCUUCAUUGGGAUAUGGGGAAUGGGCGGGAUUGGUAAGACAACUAUGGUAAGAGCGGUGCAUGAGAGAAUCUCUCAUGAAUUUGAAUUUAAUUUCCUUCUUACCGAUGUUAGAAACUCCGUUGAAAAAGGUGGUUUACUUAAUCUGCAAAAGCAACUUCUCUCUGGGAUUGGGGCAAGAAAGGCUGACAUAUUAGACCUUCAGGAAGGAGCCACCAUAUUAAAGAGGUUAUUACGUCACAAAAAAGUUCUUCUCAUCCUUGAUGAUGUGAACCAUUCAAGUCAUUUAGAAUAUUUGGCAGGAAACCCAGAGUGGUUUGGUUCGGGGAGUAGAGUUCUUAUCACAACUAGAAAUGAGCAUUUGUUGAUUGAACAUGGAGUGGAAAGAAGAUUGAAGGUCGAAGAAUUAAAUGAUGAUGAUUCUCUUCAGCUUUUUAGCUGGAAAGCAUUCAAAAGAGGUUACCCUGAAGAAGAUUUUCUUGGUUUGUCUAUAUCUGUUAUAAAUUAUGCCAAAGGUCUUCCUUUAGCUCUUAAAGUACUGGGUUCUCUUUUGUGUGGAAGAGAUCCAAGUGAAUGGAACAGUGCAUUGAGAAAAUUGGGAAGAGUUUGUAACUUGGAAAUCUUUGACAUACUUAAAAUAAGUUACGACGGUCUAGAUUCUGAAGAGAAGAAAAUAUUCCUAGACAUUGCAUGUUUCUUUAAUUGGCAGGACAAAGAUCGAGUAACAGAAGUACUAACCAGUUGCUAUUUUUCUGCACCUUUUGGAAUAAAAGUUCUUACCGAAAGAUCUCUCUUGACUGUUUCACAUGAAAGACUAGGGAUGCACGAUUUGCUCCAAGAAAUGGGAUGGGAAAUUGUCCGCCGGGAAUCUCCUAACGAGCCGGGCAGGUGUAGUAGGUUGUGGCUUCUUGAAGACGUCAAACAUGUCUUGACCAUAAAUACUGGAACUGAAGCAAUAGAAGGCAUAUUUGUGGACUCUACAGAGUUGGGAGUAAAGGUGGACGUGACUCCGAAAUCAUUUUCAAUGAUGAACAAAUUGAGAUACCUGAAGAUUGAGAAUGGGAACCUACCUAAGGGACUUGAAUAUCUUCCCAAUAGUUUACGGAUUCUUGAUUGGACGAGGUAUCCGUUAAAAUCUUUGCCAUCACAUUUCAACCCUCAGAAGCUCCUCGAACUAAGCUUGUCUCAUAGUUGUUUUAAACAUUUUCGGAUAGGAACAGAGCGUUUAUGCAAUUUGAUAACCAUUAAUCUGAGUCACUCUCUAAAUCUUGUCAACACCCCAAACUUUAAAGAUAUGCCGUAUCUCAAAUUUCUGGUUCUUGAAGGUUGUGUAAGAUUGUAUGAGGUUGACGCAGGAAUCGAAGUGCUUGAAAGACUUACUGUGCUGAACUUGAAAGAUUGCAAGAAUCUUGUGCGACUUCCAAGCAGUGUAGGUGGCUUAAAAUCUCUCAAAGAUCUCAAUCUCUCUGGUUGCUCAAAGCUUGACAAAUUGCCGGAUGAGUUGGGUCAUGUUGCCUGUUUGGAGAAGCUUGAUGUGAGUGGAAGUGGCAUAAGAGAACUGCCCUCCUCUAUUGGUCUUUUGAAAAACCUCAAAGAAUUCUCUCUUGCUGGGUGUAAAGCAGAGUCACCUAAAUCAUGGAAUCUGAUCCCCUUUCAGUUAUUGCGAAAAAGAAGUCACAUUCCGGCAGGAUUGUCUUUGCCUUGUUUGUCGGGUUUGCAUUCAUUAACUACAUUGAAUCUAAGUGACUGCAAUCUUUCUGAAGAAGCAAUGCCCAGUGAUUUUGGAUGCUUGUCUUCAUUAAGAGAAUUAAAUCUCAGCGGAAAUCAAUUCAGUAGACUACCAGAGCUUCCAUCUCAUCAUGUAUGGGUAAACGCUGACAACUGCAUUUCAUUAGAUACGUUGGCCAAUCAAAUAGGACAAAGCAAUUCGUUUGUUAACUGUUUCAAACUGGUGGAGAAUCAAAGCUGUGAGAGUAUAGCACUUUCAUGGCUAACACGCUACCUUAAGAGUCAACCAUUUUCUGACCAUGAAGAAUUUGACUUGGUUGUUCCUGGAAAUGAAAUUCCAGAGUGGUACGACUUAGUUGUUCCUGGAAAUGAAAUUCCAGAGUGGUACAAUCACCGAAGCGUGGGGUCUUCGAUAACCGUAGAGCUGCAUCCAGGUUGGUUUAGUAACAAGUGGAUGGGAUUCGCCUGUUGUGUCGUUUUUAGACUCCUCAAACCACUGCCGCCUUCUGUUCUGUGGUCCAUUGAUUGCGAACUGAGUGCCAAUGGAAAAUCCUUGCCUUAUGGUGCUAUAAUAGUGUUCGGGGGAAACUGUCAACCUGUGUUGGAUCACAUUUGGUUCUUCAGUGGGGCGCGUGAUAUAUUCUCUCAACAUGAGUGGCAGGAUAUCUACUGUCAGCUUGUAUUCUCAUUUAAUAUCAACUUGGACUUGGAUGAGGAAAUUGUGCAAGUGCAGAAGUGUGGGGUCCGUAUGAUAUAUGAGGAAGAUGCAGACGAGCUUGCGGAAACAUUAUUGAAGCAGAGCAAUGUUGGCAUUAAUACCAAGCGAGGCCUUCAACACUAUAAUGGUGAUGAUGCAGCAUCUAGUAGUACAAGUCAGGCUCAUCCAAAAAGAAUGAAACAACUCCACAUUGACGGUGCAGGACCCAGUAGAACCCCUUAUAUUCAUGACCAGAAAUAUGGUUAAUGCAUUUUAUAUAAAAAAAAAAAAUUAAAAAGUAGGGAAAACCUGACUAUAAAUUCAUGGUUUAUGCUUACUGGUGGCUCGAUGAAAUAGUAAAAUUUAGUUAGUUUAAUAUUUUGAAUGUCUCUUUUAUUUUAUUGAUAUAUAUCCUGGGAGUCAAAUUAUCUACCCAACCUUGAAUUUGGCCUAUUUUUGUGUUGUACAUGUUAAAUUUUUACUAGAACAUUUAAAAUGCCGUCUCUUAUGUGUUCCAAUAAA